AAAUACCUCUGAACCACAGAACAGCCUGAAAAGUCCUUAUCAGUCAAUUACAAAAUCAGCUGUUUCGUUUCCGACAUUUGAUUUUCGAAAGAAGCAAAGAUGUGGUGCUACCAAAUCACCAUCGUCCGGCUCAUUUAUAAACUCUUCAAGAAGAAGCGCAGGGACGAGAAGAAGAGUGACGCAACCUCGGAUUCAUAUCACACUUAAAUUUGCCCACACAGUACAGCCAACUCAAUUAUCUUAACUUUGAAUCCAGCUCAAAAUGGAGAACCUCGUCCUCGGCCACUCACUCGACCCCGACGCCAGAGAAAUCACCAAACUCGUCGGGCAAGAAAUCCUCCGCUGGGGCAUCCACAUAGCUAUCUUCCUCGUUGUCGUCGUCGCCGUCUUUCUAUGGCGUCAUGAGACGGAUGGGGAGGUACAGAGAGAGCAGGUUUGCGGAAUAUUGGAAGGGGAGAUUUUGAGGGGUUGUGAGGUUGACGGGUUUCAGGGGACGGAAGAGAGGAAGAUGUGGUUUUUGGAACGGUUGGGGGGUUUGCAGGUCCAGGAGAUCAAGAACAAAGGCAACGACGAAGGAAAGUGGGAGGACAAGUUGCACAGGUUUAAUCGUGCUUGUGUUGAGGUGGCUGAGAUGAGUGAGAGGUUUGAGCGAUCCAAAAGGGUCAAGGAGGAUGUCGGGAAGGAAUGGAAGGAUAUCUGGUGUGAUUGAAAUCCGACAUAGGCUCUUAAUCCUCAGGGCAUGAUGGAGAUCGGGGAGAGGAUUUUUGAUGAGCUCCCUGAGGAUAAUUCAUGGAGGGGCGUCUAGGAGUGCAUUGGUUGCUUAGUUUACGAACUUCUUUCAGUCUCGGCCGGUAUUUUUCUUGCCCACCUAUGAGUACAUUUUGGAACUUCACGUCGCUGUAAUUCACUACAUUCUCGUGCUUGAGCUACGCGGAUAUAACUUUAGUGUGAGG